AUGGGUAUCAUUAAUAUUCUCGGCCUCAUUUCGAACGCCAUCGGCUAUUGGGGAUUCGCCGAUGACAUGUUCCCUGCCCCCGAAGACGGCCACUCAACCUUCAAGGUAUACGUCGCCAUCGACGGCACCGGCCCGGACAGCCUCGAGGAUGCUGGCGGCUCCAUCCGAAAUGGGAAGCUGUUCAACAGCUUUGGCGUUGACAUCGGCCACGGCGGAUCGUUCCCUCACAUGAAGUCGGGCUCAUCAGAGACCAUCACCAUAUGGCAGAGCGUCCCACAGCAGGCCCCAUGGGUCAUGCUCUUCGCCAGCAAGGACGCCGUUUGCAUCGCGGCGAUCGGCGCCACGCUGAUCGACGGCACGCAUUGGGGCUGGGUCGGUGACUGGGGACAGCUCUGCGGUCUCCCGUGGUACUACAGUGGUGUCAAGGGUUCACCUCAGUGGAACGACACAUCUCCACACUGCACCUGGAUCGACGCAGACCACUCCAACGGACUCAGCGCGGGCGGCAUCACGAUCCACUGGCCAGGUUUCACGGACGCCGUCCUCCCCGUCGACAACGGCAAGGGCAAGUGCGGCACCGAAUUCGACGCGUGGGACAAGGAGGGGGGGAAAUCGGUGAUCAAAUCCAAGUUCGAGGACUGGGAAGGGCAAAAUGCCAGUGGUAUGCUCGAGCGACAUGGUCACAACACGGACCGCCGCCUCGUCGUCAGCACGGCGGAUGCCCACAGCGCCGAGGAGCUCUGCCGGGACCCCAUGUCCCGCGGGCCCAACUUCGUCUCUAUGAGCGAGCAGGCCCACUGCGACAUGCAGACCAGGGAGGUACUGCCGCUGUGUCGGGACGGCCUGACGGCCGGCUGUUUCGAUCUUGAGGCGGCGGCGGCCGAGAUGCGGACCUCGACUUCUGAUGGGGGAGGGGACGAUACUGGCGACUUGGCCCACCACAUCAUCUACUGGUAG